AUGUCCAACGAAGAUCCUUCUGUUCGACCAAUUCUACCUCAACAAUCCCAAAUGAAUUCCUUUUCGUUUGCGCCGCAGCAAUAUACGCAGCGCGAGACUCAAAAGAACUAUGUGUUCGUUGAUGAGCACAACCGCCACAAGCGGUUGAAAGUUAUGAGAGCUUGCGAAGGCUGCCGAAGACGGAAAAUUAAAUGUGAUGCCGCAACAACAAAUACCUGGCCUUGCUCGGCUUGCAUACGUCUCAAGCUUCACUGUGUACGAACCAACGGUUUCGAUGGAGCCAUCGACUCGCCGACUUAUGAAACUUCGCCCAUGGGCUCCGAACAAUAUCAACAAAUGCCUAUGCAGCAUCAAGUUAUGAACCCAGGCGCCAAACUUUCGCCAGCUGCUAUGUAUGGCACGCAACCUCAACAGGUUUACCCCGAUGCGAACGCCUCAUAUCAGCAUGUUUCGUACGACACGUCUCAGCAGCCGGGGAUGCACUACGGCGCUGUUGCACCUCUGGAAUUCUUCAUGGACCACCAGUAUGCAGGCCAGAAUGUGUUUCCCACUCCUCCCAUGCACCAGCCGCCACCACCUCCCGGUGCUCAACAGCAACCUUCUCCCGAAGCAUAUUCUUCCCCUGGUGACUACCAACAUCACGAUCUCGCGGACCUUCUGGGAACGCUCAAGGUCAACGAAACCGGCACAGCUCCAUAUCUUAGGAACAAAGCAUCUUUCAGACAUGAAGAGCAACCAGCUGUUGAAGAAGCGGAUGAUUUCCCGGGUGCUCUUCCUCCGAUGAUGCCUGCGCCUGGUCACAAGAUUCGUAUUCCACCUGAGCUGAUGCCAGAUGACGAAACAGCACUAAGCUAUUUCGAUCUUUACUUUACGCAUGUUCACCCCUACGUGCCCGUACUUUGCAAGACUGUUUUUUAUCAACAAUGGAAUACGGACCGAGAAGCGAUUUCUCCAUUGAUUCUGGAAGCGAUUUUUGCCAUGGGAGGACGACUGGCUGAGGAACCGACCGAAGGUCAACAAUGGCUUGCCCUUGCUUCCCGACACGCCGAUUCUUUCAUGGAUGUUCCUCGAUUGAGCACUCUUCAAGCCUUGCUUAUGAUUCUCAAGGCUCGCGAAGCUGCUCCUAAGCGAGGUUACUACUAUCGCUCUUGGAUGACUGUUGUACAGUGUGUUCAAAUGGGCAAAGAUCUGGGUUUGGACGAACACCACGAGGAUCACCAAGCAGGUAUUGCUUGUGAAUUUACACCUGCUGAGUGCCAGCUCCGAAAGCGCAUUUGGCAGACGAUCUUUGUGUGUGAGGUUAUGGUUGGCGCUCCUCAAGCUUCGCGGCCAGUUCCCGGAUGCGAAGAAUCGGAAUAUCACACAUCGCGCAACUUUAGCUACUUCUCCCAGGUUGUGCGAACAGUAUCUGCGAUGAGCAAAGUGUAUACGAGACUUCGAAGACGAAAAGAUUGGGGUGUCGACCCUGAGUUCCAGCAGCUGGGACAAAGCUUUAACACCUGGUUGGCAGAGCUUCCCCCGGACCUGGCUAUUUCCUUCCCACAGGAUGGAUCACCUCCAUGGAUCCCUUCACACUUUAUCGGAAACAUGCACGGGUACUUCUACCUGGCUCAGAUUCUCUUCCAUCGACCUAUCCUGUCGUUCCUUGACCCCAAUUCCAACGACGGCCAAUGGAAGCGCCACAUGAUGAUUUGCUACAGCUCUUCCAAAGCCCUGUGCCGUGUGCAGGAGGCAACACUCAACACUUUUGGACUUACGGGACUUCAGUGUAUGCAACGAGGCUUCAGCUUUUCUCUCUAUGCUGGCCUCUCCUGCAUCGUCAUUCACCUGGUUGCCAUUGUUUCACCCGAUCCCGAGUUCAACAGUGAUGCUCGUGAAUACUUUACGAGGCAUAUGCGGGUCCUGGAAAAGGUGAUGGAGUCCUGGUCGAUGCCCGAGUUGGAAAAGCAGAUCAACGCGCUCCGAGAGGCGUUUUCAGCAGAUGUUCGAAAACCGUUUGUCUUGAAGCCAAGCUUUCCCUACGGCAGCCCUCACCCAUCUACCCAUUCCAGCCCCCCUCGUGGUUCCGAGCCUUUCAGGCCAGUCAUUCACCGGACAGGCUCCAUAGACCAGCACUUGGAUACACACGGUGCCCAACAUGUCAGUUAUAUCAACCACCCCAUCACACCUCCUAUAUCAGCCGGCCCGAUGGACAGCAAAAGUGACUCCCCAGCUGUACAGUCGCUCGUCAUGAUGUCGCAAGGAACACAAGGUCCCGGUAUGCCCCAGAGCCUAUCAAUGGCGGAUCAGCCAGGAUGGAAUCCAUCUCGACUAUUUGAACAAUGGAACACCACAUUUGGUGCAACGGAAGUUCCCACUAUCCAGGACAUCCAGGCUGUCCAAGCAACAAUGCCAACUGGAUCGAAUCAACUAUCUCCACCUCAAUACACAGCUGCUCCCGUGCCCAACUUUGUCACGCCAGCCAUGUGGCAAGAAUCGGUUGCAAGUGUUUACGAGGGUGGAUUGAAGCGAGGCUGGGACUACGACGGUGUGGCAGUGAUGAAGAGACACUGA